AUGAAGGUGCUCGCUGCUCUGCUUCUCUUUGCCGUGUCCAUCGCGUGCCUUCACGCGCAAUGCCCGGACCCAGGGUCGUUGAAGGAUGCCGCUGGCACGAAGGUGUGCGCUCGCAUGUUCGAGGACAGCCACUACUACUAUGAGCAGAGUUGCGGAGGAGACUACCUCGACACUUACGCGGGCGACGACUACCCCUUUAUGCCGAAAAACUGGAACAACCGCAUCUCCUCUCUGGUUGUGUCGAGGUCCUGCAGUCUGACAGUGUGGGAACGCAGUAGGAAGGAGGGAAACAGGCGCAAGUUCACUUCGGGGAUACAGUACCGCCUGAAAGACGUCGGCCAGGGUUUGUUCAGCGAUUGGGACAACGACAUCUCCGCAUACUACUGUGAGUGUUAA